CUGUGGCGUGGGGGCUCCGUCCGUGGUUCUAGUUUUAGUUUUUAAAGUCUCGCGCUCAGACUAAAGUUUCCCUCCGCGCGCGUCUCUUCCUGUUUUAUCUCCUUCUUUUAACAGGAGUUAAGGAGCCCCUGGUUCACCUGGGCUUGGAUAGAAGCCCCCCCCCUUCCUGGAGCAACUUUUUAGAGGAGUUUUAUUAAAGCCUGUAGUCAUGGAGACAGCAGGCAGUCAGAGAGGGGCACAGGAAUAUCCUCAUCCUUUCAUCCAUGAGGUGAAGCUGAGCAGAGCUCAGACAAUCAGGGGGGUUAUCCUAGGCAGCGUCCUCGUCCCUCUCCGCAUCACGCUGGCAGCCUUAUUCUUCCUCAUCAUGUGGCCCAUAGCCCGGCUAAGACUGGCCGGCCUGUCCAAAGAAGAGCGAGCCCGGCCCGUCACAGGCUGGCGCCGCUGGCUUUUCCACCCCAUCAUCUGGCUCCUGAGCAGAGCCGUGUUCUUCUCCAUGGGCUUCCUGUGGGUCAGGGUCAAAGGUCGCAGGGCCGACCUGAAGGAGGCCCCGGUCCUGGUGGUGGCCCCCCAUAGCGGCUUUCUAGACAUGCUGGUUCUGUGCCCGACCCAGCUGGCCACUGUUGUGUCUCGGUCAGAGAACACCAGUCUGCCUGUCAUAGGAGCUCUGCUGGAGUUCAACCAGUCUGUGCUGGUGAGCAGGAAAGAUCCAGAGUCCAGGAAGAAGGCCGUCACUGAGCUCAUCGAGAGGCUGACCUCUAAAGGCUACUGGCCCCAGAUGCUCAUGUUCCCAGAGGGAACCACCACUAAUGGCCGAGCUCUCAUCAAGUUCAAGCCUGGUGCCUUUCUUGCUGGAGUCCCUGUCCAACCAGUGCUGCUACGUUACCCAAACAAACUGGAUACGGUUCGAUGGACGUACAAAGGAGCAUCAUGGACCGAGGCCGUGUGGCACACUGCUUCACAGUUUUACACAAACAUGACUGUUGAGUUCCUGCCUGUUUACAAACCAUCUGAGGAGGAGAAGCAGGAUCCCAACCUGUACGCUGACAACGUUCAGAGACUCAUGGCCAAGGCUUUAGGAAUCCCAGCCACAGACUAUGUGAUGGAGGGAAAAUUUCCAGUGAGCAAACUGGGUGGGUUGUCUCUGCCGCUUGUGUCUCCUGGCAGAGAAACGUUGUCUCUCCUGCAGAAAGCUGGGCUGCAAAAACAUGAGAUCGAGGCGGCUUUAGCCAGAAUGAUUGACAGGUGUCAGUCAGGAGGUCAGAGGUCAAAAGUCAGCGCAGAUGAGCUCAGCUCUAUUCUCUCUCUGAAGGACAGACAAACGGCUGUCUCCAUCUGUGGCUUAUACUCAAAGGAUGAAACAGUGGACCUCAGACAGCUUUACUUCAGUGUUUCACUGCUUACCAACUCCCACAACUUCACAGAGCUGAUCCACGCUGCUUUCACGAUAUUCGACCAGGAGGGAAAAGGCAGCCUGAAUGCAGAGGAGCUGUCAGACCUCAUGGGGGCGCUGCUCGGUAUUCCUCAGCAUAGCACCGGUGCUCUUUACGCCGAGGCGUCCAGUCUAGGCCUGCUUACUGAAGAAAACCUGCUGCGAGUGCUGACCACCCAUCCCACCUAUGGGAGACUGCUGAGCGACCUCCUGCAGCCCGAGGAGGCGGGCUCUCCGCACGCUCCAGCAGCCAAUGGGAAGGCUGUGAACAACAACCGAUUCACCCACAUCAUCAACGGGUCUCUGCACCACGGGAAGAAGUUUGAAUGAGUGUUUAGAUGACAGACGAUCCUACCAAGCGGAUCCACAGAUUUAUAUUUUUAUACGUUUUAUGACGGACAUUCAGGUAUUUUUGGAUGUAAUUUUAUGUCGAGCGUAACUUGCACAAAUGUGAAAACGCCUAAAGAGAAUCCAAGAUUUCCCCUCAGUGACUCUGAAGGUCUAAAUGUUUACUGCUGUGUUUUUAUCUUUUAAUAUUUGUUUUUGUGUUGUUUUUUUUCCACUGAAAGUUGAAAAUAAUUUAUAACCAUGUGACGUCAAUGUAAGACACAAAGGUGUUUGUCAGAAUAACUUAUCAUUGUAAAGUGUUUGUGAUGUAACUGAUUCUUAGUGUUUAUUUGGAGAAUAAA